CCCAUGGUCCAACCUCUGCUGUCAGUAGUUGUUAAACUGACAACUGGAAACUGUGGUAAGGGAGUUAGGAGUUGCGAAAACGACAACAAAGACCAAUUGGACAAAGUACCGCGGAAAUAUUGAUGUAACUAUGCAGACAGUGAACAGGACACUGUGUUUGUACUUAGAGACACGCAGUAGAAAUGUAGCAUCGCAGAAAUGCAAAGUGCAGACAGCUUGGGACUGACUGGACGUCGGGAAUUAACUUAAGAAACUUUGGUGGCAAACUGUUAUGGUGGCGUAUAGGUCGUCUGUCGAAAAACAAGUCAGUUAGACAGGGGCCUAUUUAACAGGACUUUGUACUUUUACAACUCAUAUUGUUGCAUAAACAACACUAUAAACUGAACGUGGCUGAUUAUGUCAGCGUCAACAGCCGAGGCCAGCUCAUCCCAGCAGCGGGUUAAACAGAGCGGCUCCCCGACAGCCCCCUGCCCCUCCUGUAGCAACAACACCACCGCGGUCCGUUUGCAGCCUAUCCGCGCCACGGUGCCGUACCAGCUUUUGCGUGGAAAUCAGCACAGCCCAACCCGCUCCGUUUCCUCCUCCUUCUCAGUAGCUGGGAGCAACAUAGGUCCAACGACGUCCCGUUGCUCCAGUCCCGCCAACCCGGGUGGAAGCGGCUCGGACGGUAGGCUGGUCCCCAGGCAGAGGCUUUCGCCGCCGGACAGCAGGAGCUCACCAGAACGCCCAUCACUGUCGUCUCUAUCCAAAGUUGAAAGGACAAAACCCCAGCAGGUGCGGGGCUCGGGGGCUAUUUGGCGGACUUCAUCCUUGGGCACUAUCACUGGGCCCUACCUCACCGGGCAGUGGCCUCGUGACCCCCAUGUGCGCUACCCAUCUUGUAUGAAAGAUAAAUCCACACAGACUCCUGGAUGUUGGAGUGAGGAAACAAGAGAGAAGAGGAGCACCCACCAGCGCUCUGCGUCCUGGGGCAGCGCCGACCAGCUCAAAGAGACAGUGGAAGCAGCUCACCCCUGCCCAAGUUUGCCUCCUCGCCCAAACCCAACAACAGUUACAUGUUCAAGCGAGAGCCGCCAGAGGGCUGUGAGAAGAUUAAAGCUUUUGAGGAGAUGAGCUCCAGGCAGUCCACAUCGGCGUCGGUCCCCCUCUUCUCCUGCCCUGACAAAAACAAGGUCAACUUCAUCCCGACGGGCUCGGCCUUCUGCCCUGUCAAACUCCCCGGCUCCCUGCACCUCACCCCGGCUUCAGAGCCCGAGGAGGAUGAGGACAUCGCAGAGGUGGGCUCCGUCUCAGAGCUCCAGGGGGCCACAUCGCUGUAUGGCGCCCCCACUCAGGUCUCCACGAGCACCAGCACAGAAGACCCCCUGGAGGAGCCUGACUCGCCCUCAGAGACUGCAGACCCCCAGACAGACAGCCCGGCCAUCAGCUAGACCUGAGCAGAGCUGGCCUCUGGCUCCGGAUCCCACGCUAGCGACCACCGACCAUCGCCACUGACUGCCCCACCAACACCUCCCUCUGCUCUGCCAGGGGAGCCUCCGUCUCUCUGUGCUGACCCCCUCCACCCCACCCUAUCUCUGCAUGACGUAGCAACAAUGUCCCGAAUAACCACCACCGCCACCACAAAGACUCGCCACCUUAAUGUUCUGUCCUGCAUAAUGUCUGAGCUGUUGAUGGCAGGGAAGGACCUGAUGGUUAAAGGUUAUCAUAUGCAGGCAUUGGAGGGAAGAAUGGAGCACUAUGGAUGGGGGUAGGGGCAUGCAUUUUAAACUGGUAGUAUGUUUCUGAUUAAAUUAUGUGUUGUGUUCUGUUUCAACAUUCACAGUAUGAAUAAGCUCUCUAAACAUAUAUAUACACAUAUAUCUCUAUGAAAAAGAAAAAUGCUUGUGUAAAAAAAAAAAAAAAAAUCCCAAACUGUGUAUUGCUGUGUUAUGUACCGGACAGGAAAAACAGCUGUACUAUUCAGGAUUAUGUUUACACUAUCCAGGUCACAUUGUUAAACCCUCUCUAAAAACAAAUGCAAUGAGAGAACAAUUCGGCAAAGAGAAAAAAAA